GUUCAUUUAAUAAGCCUGAGAUGCAGGGACGCGAAGCAGGGCGAUGGCGCAUAAUCGGCGCUAAUUAUACGCACAGGAGCAGAGUGAUGAUUGGACGGUAAGAUCGGGUUUUAAAAAAAACAACAGGAAGUUAAUAUACAUUGUUCAGCAUUCUAGUGUGUGUUAAUGUUUAACUCCCUCACCAGCCCUCAGUUACUGGGCGAGUUGGUGACAGACCACGGAGGGUUCUUUUCUCGUCUGGACCAGCCCGCCACGAUGAAGUCCCACGGCAACGCUGCUCUGAUUUCGUGCUGAACCCUUGGAAAGCGUAUGUGUGAGUUCGCGCCGCGCUAUGGCGAGCUUUCCUGAUAAAGUGAGCACGCAGACCAGUACGGGAACCCGCAGCACCGCACAUGGAACCAGGUUUUGUCCAAAAGGAAUCGACACAUACUUCCUCAAAUCCUUCUUGGGGAUAUUGAUGAUAGUGGAAUUAAUAUUUGGCUUGUUGGUGUGGGCGCUGAUUGCUAGUUCAAGAAUCCUGAAGGGCGACGAAGCAUUCGGAUGGGUGAUAUUUGUAGCCGUCUUCCUGUGGAUUCUCACCUUAAUUUUCUUCCUUUUCUACCUGCUGAAGCUGCCUUCAAAACUCCCAGCGAUGCCAUGGCAACAUGUGCGGCUCUAUUUUAAUUUGGGUGCCACAGUCCUGUAUUUAACUGCCUUCAUCACUAACGCAUCCUCAGUGGACCCGACGUCCUUUCGUGGGUCCUACAGAUACAAUAACAGAGCAGCCAGUGCGUUCUUUGCGGGUGUGGUGAUGAUUUCAUAUGGACUGAGUACUUUCCAUUCCUGCCUACGUCUGUACAGCAAUCAGGACAACGCAGCAACGAGUCAGGCAGCUGGUAAUAAUUUGGCAUAAUCUCACUUGCUGAAUCACCCUCUCUCAAAAGCCCGAACCAAGUGUGUUGUUUUGGCUCUAGAAACACUCUCUGCUCUAGCUCCACGUUAAAGGUUGUGAGUUCUCUGCUGUUAUCAAGGAUAAGCAAAUUUAUUGUAUUUUUUUAAAUUUUAAAUUGCUUUGAUUUCACUUUUGGGAUUAUUACAGUUUUUCUCAAAACCUGAUGUGGUCUCCACACAACUUCCAGUUUUGCCUUUAUGAGAGCCAAUUGCAGCUGAAGCACCCUACCAACAAAACAGUCCUGAGCGUGGUUUACAAGUAUGAUUAGUUAGGAAAUGAUCAGUGUUAUAAAACAGAUAAAGAUUGCAGGUGCUCAACAGUGCAAGCAAGAAAAGAGAACUUCCCAAUUGUUAGCCUGUGCUGAUUUGGCUGAGGAGGCAUUUUAGGUGGACCCUAGUAUGUUGCCCUUUUGAUUGAAUACACUGCCUGCACCCGGCACUGCAAAUUUUUACCUAUAAAUGUAACUCGCACCUCAGCAUCAGUACAAAGUGAAAUUAUAUUGAGAUCUGCUUUCCUGAGGGAACGGUCAUAAUUAUUGUUUUUUAAAGUUAAUGGUUUUGCAGAAAGGAGGUGAGGAUGUGAGGGAUGAGUCUUGUCUUUGCUAUGGAGAGCACAGGCCAGAUUCAGAAGUCAAAUUUACUGAGGCACCUGAAACUCUGCACAUGCUCUUAGGCUACAAAUGGCAUAUCACCUGGGGAGCUUCAACAAUGGCAUGCAUUAAAUGGCACUUGUGAAUCUUCAUAUCUUAACCAAGUGACUUCCCAGAGGAAUAAUGGGAAAACAAAACACCUAGCAUAGAAUAUAGUGAUGGCGACCAAAAGCUCGGCCAAAGUAGUGCCUUGAAAUGAGGAGAGCAAACUGAAGCAGCAGAUGGAAUGAGGAAUAGAAUUACAGAACAAUGGACCUUGGUGGUUGAAGAUAUGUUUUCUAGUAUGAGUAAAGGGGAAGAGGAUGAAGAAGUGACAGGCAGAAGAAUGGUGAGAGAUUAAGCCACAUGGUUGGAGAAAGCUUAAGACUCAGCAGUGCCAGAGUUGUAGCCAUGAACAACAGUAGGAAGGAAAGAAGUGGUAUUUAAGCAUUAAACAAACUGCACACUUGUGCCUUUCAAAACAAUUAGUGGUUGGUAAGAAAAAAUAAACGAUUCAGGAAUUACGACAACAAACUUUCAAAAUGGAUCAUAUUCCCCUCCAAAUUUUAAUUUUGCUUAUUUAAAAUCUAAAGAACCAUUUUUAUCUUAAAUCAAACUGAAGAUAGCAAAGAAGAUUGUGUGGUUAUUCAUUUGGUAGAGGUUAGGGUUUUUGUUGUGUAUAUUCUACAGGUAUAUUUUUUAAAAAGUAUGAAGUUAUAUUUUGCCUGUUCCUGUUAUGCUUUAUUAUGUACAUGUUGCUGUGCUAAUUGUCUUCUGGAUUUUUUAUGAUUGCAAAAUAUAAACCAAAACUUUUAGCGAUAAAACAGUAGUUUUAGUGGUCAAUUUAUUUUACUUGGAAUAUUUAAAAAUAAAUUUAAAAUGUGGUACUUUGACAUUUCAAGUAUAUUAAAUAAAUGAACUAUACUGUAUUUAUAUAAAGAGUUUCAUCUAGUAAUGUACUGAAUAAAAAUCAAUGAUCUGUACCAAU